AUGGCUCCCUCCAUUUCCCUCGAUCAUACCACCCCGGCGGUUGUUCCCGAGUCGAACGAGACCCCGGCUGCUUUUGCUUCCACCGCCAAUCUCUUCUCCCUGGGUGGUCGUACAAUCGUGAUCACGGGAGGUGGUCGUGGCUUGGGAAUGACUUUGACCACGGCUGUACUUGAAGCCGGGGGCGACGUCGCCUGUCUGGACCUUCUCCCUGAACCAAGCCAGAAGGAGUGGCAGGGUGUCCAGAAGCUCGCGAAAUCGCGUGGUCUUCAGGCAACAUACUCGCAGUGCGACAUCACCAACGAGGAGGCCACCAAGACGCUACUGGAGCAGAUUGCCGCGGAGGGACUGCGUCGGAACAUGCCUCUGCGCGGUGCCAUUACCUGUGCGGGCAUCCAGCAGAUGGUUCCCGCCUUGGACUAUCCAGUUGACGGGUACCGCAAGAUGCUAGAUGUGAACGUUCUGGGAACCUUUAUUCCUGCUAAACACUGUGCUCGCAUUUUCGUGGGGCAGAAGACCCCUGGUAGCAUUGUAAUGAUUGCGUCGAUGUCUGGCCAGAUUGCCAACCGGGGAUUGACCUGCACCGCAUACAACUCAUCCAAGGCCGCCGUCCACCAGAUGUGCCGCUCAGUCGCCCAGGAAUGGGGCCAGCACAACAUUCGUAUCAACACGCUGUCUGCAGGAUAUAUCCGCACUGCCAUGACCGAUGCUCUGCUCAAAGAGAAGCCCGAAGUGGAGGAGACCUGGAUGCGCGGCGCUCUUCUCGGUCGAUUGGGUGCUCCCGAGGACUUCAAGGCACCUACGGUGUUUAUGCUUGCUGACGGCAGUGCCUGGAUGACAGGUGCCGAUCUCCGCGUGGACGGUGGCCAUUGUGCCUCGGCAUAG